AAUAUAAAAAAGAAAAAGAAAAAUAGGAGCCAACCAUCUACGUGUCCCUUCCCUUCAAGCCAAUUCAAUUCUCUUCUUCCCUUCUUAAUCCAUCUCUCUUUUUUUUCUUUAUUUCUUUCUCUUUCCUCUUUCUCUUUCCUCUUUCUCUCUCUUCUUCUUCUUGCGACCAUUCUUCUUCUCCGAGGGCUCCGAUUUCGAGGCCCCCAAUCUCACCAUUCUUCUUCCUGUUCCCGAUCUCUUUGUCUUUUUACAAUCUCUUUUAAAGAUCUUUCUCUUUUGUUUUUUUCGUCAAUUUGAUUUUUUUUAGCUCUUGUGAAGCUGAAUCUGGAUUCGGAUUCUCGGAAUUUGAUAAUUUGUGAAUUCAUCGUUGAUUUGUAUUUGUACUUGAAGAAAUUUUACCAAGGGAUUUGCGGUUUUGUUUGUUUAGGGUUUGGUGAUUUUAUCGUGCAUGUUGUUACGUGAUUUGCUUGCGAGAGAUUGGUUAUCGUGUGGAAAUGGAUAUGGAUUUUAAUGGAGAUUUGUUAUCUCUAGACGCUGAACUAUUGCAGUUACCUGAGGUUUCGCCUUUAGCUCUUAAAUCGAAUCCUUUUCUCGCGCAAGACCUCUUUGAACAGUGGCUUUCGCUUCCCGAAACCAAUCGUCUGGUGAAAUCACUAGUCAGUGAUGUGAAAUCUGGGAAUGCCUUAAAUGUUGCUGGAAAUGCUUCCAGUACAAACGCUGCUGCUAGCAAUUCAAUACCGUCCAUGUUUCCCGCUGGGAGUGCACCUCCACUUUCACCUAGGAGCUCAUCAGGUUCACCUCGUGUUAUGAAACAGAGGGCAGCUCCUUCUUCUCUCGGAAGUCCUCUUAAAGUAUUAAGCGAACCAGUAAAAGAGCUGAUACCACAGUUCUAUUUCCAGAAUGGCCGUCCAGCACCAAAAGAACUGAAAGAAAGGUGUUUGUUUAGAAUAAAUCAGUUUUUCUAUGGUCACACAGAGGGCCUGCCUAUGAAUGCAGAGUUCAAAGCUGUUACGAAAGAAAUUUGUAAGCUGCCAUCCUUCUUCUCCACUGUCCUUUUCCAAAAGAUUGAUGUUAAUGGCACAGGAUUUGUCACCAGGGAUGCUUUUGUUGAUUAUUGGGUCAAUGGAAACAUGUUGACCGUGGACAUAUAUAGCCAAAUAUAUACUAUUAUGAAGCAACCAGAUCACAAAUUUUUGACGCAGGACGACUUUAAACCUGUUCUUCGAGAACUUUUGGCAACUCAUCCGGGAUUGGAAUUUUUACAAAGUACGCCAGAGUUUCAGGAGAGAUAUGCUGAAACUGUAAUAUACAGAAUUUUUUACUACAUUAAUAGAGCGGGAAAUGGUCAGUUAACCUUCAAGGAGCUGAAGCGUGGAAAUUUAAUUGCUGCUAUGCAACAAGCUGAUGAAGAAGAGGACAUCAACAAAGUUCUGAGAUAUUUCUCAUAUGAGCACUUCUAUGUGAUAUACUGCAAGUUUUGGGAGUUGGACACAGACCAUGAUUUCUUGAUUGAUAAAGAGAACCUAAUUAGAUAUGGGAAUCAUGCGCUUACUUACAGAAUUGUUGAUCGAAUAUUUUGCCAGGUUCCAAGAAAGUUCACUAGUACUGUUGAAGGCAAGAUGGGAUAUGAAGAUUUUGUUUACUUCAUACUGGCAGAGGAGGAUAAAUCAUCAGAACCUAGUCUUGAAUAUUGGUUUAAAUGCAUAGACUUAGACGCAAAUGGGAUCAUCACAAGAAACGAAAUGCAGUUCUUUUAUGAGGAGCAGUUGCAUCGAAUGGAGUGUAUGGCUCAAGAGCCAGUGCUUUUUGAAGACAUACUGUGUCAGAUCAUUGAUAUGAUUGGACCUGAGAAUGAGUCUUAUUUUACCAUUCAGGAUUUAAGAGGAAGUAAACUUUCAGGAAGUGUUUUUAAUAUUCUCUUUAAUCUAAAUAAGUUUAUGGCCUUUGAGACCCGCGAUCCAUUCCUUAUUCGUCAGGAAAGGGAGAAUCCAAACUUGACAGAAUGGGAUCGCUUUGCGCAUAGGGAGUAUAUUAGACUGUCCAUGGAAGAAGAUGUUGAAGAUGCAUCCAAUGGAAGCGCAGAAGUUUGGGAUGAAUCUCUUGAGGCUCCCUUUUGAGUUAGAUAUGUUGCUUCACCACAUGAUGCAAGUCCUUUCGCGAAGCAGGCCAUUGGAUGGGAACAUGGUCGAUUCAGUACAGUUGGCCUGGCUGAACACUUAUCAGACACUGAAGCCUUAACGGCUGGUUGAUGUAUACUUAUAAUUAUAGGACGUCUUGAAGAUUUUUAAUCAGAUAACAAGCAGUGCUAGUUUGUUGGCCCGACAUUGGCUUUCGGUAGGCCUCCUUGGAAAAGAGGAGUGGUCAUCUGCUGAUAGGUGAGGAUUUUAGUAGAAAGCAGGAAAUUAUGGUAGUUUUAGAACAUUUGGCAAUUCUUUUUGAGUCUUCUCUGUAACAUGUCGUUUGAUCGGUUUCCUUUUCUUUCUUUUUUGCAUUUUCCUUUUUUCAUCUAUUCAUUCAAUUUUAAAUAUUUUGCUUAUGUACUAAUGUUUUUAAGGAGGUUAAUUAUAUGUAUCAAAGAUGUCCCUUGAUUAUCUUGUUACACUUUAAAAAAUGAACUCACAAAAUACUCAUCGGUAAA